AUGUCCCUCGGGAGGCUGUCGCUCGAAGCUGCCUCCUCUUCGGGCCGCACGCUCUUCUUCAACGCCUCCGUCGUGCACACCGUCUCGCCCACUGCACCCUCGGCCGCCGCGUGGUGCGUGAUAGACGGCGCCUUCUCAGGUGUCGGCAGCCUGGCUGUCGCGACAGCGGCUUGCGGUGCCUCGGCAGCGCGUGUCAACCUCCAUGGCGCGGUCGUUGUGCCCGGACUAAUAGACUCGCACCUGCACCUCCUCUACGGCGGCCUGAAGCUUGCGCGGCCGCAGCUCGACAAUGCCUCGUCGGCUGCCGAGGUCGUGAGCAUCCUCCUGGCGCACGUGGCCAAGCGGCCGGUGCCGCCCGGUGGCUGGCUGCAAGGCUUUGGCUGGGACCAGGAGCGUUUCCCGGGCAAGGUCUACCCGACUCGGGAGGAUCUCGACGGCGCCUUUCCGCACACGCCGCUCCCAAAGUCGGACCCGCAGGGCGGGCGUAUCGUACGAGACCCAGAGACGGGCGAGCCGACUGGCGUCUUCACCGACACGGCGAUGCGGCUUGUCGCGGCGCGCGUGCCUCGGCCGAGCAGGAACGAGAGCCUCUCCGCACUCCGCCUCGCGCUGGCGCGCCUCUCGCGCCAUGGCCUGACUGCGAUCCACGACCCAGGCGAGGAGGUGCCGCUUCUGAAGGAGCUCAUCGACGAGGGGGCCUUCCCGCUCCGCUCGUACGCGAUGGUGCUAGCCAAUGGGAACGAGCUGGGAGAGCGCCUCGCCACGCCGUCCACGCCAAAGAUCCGCGACUACAAGGGCCGGCUCAGCGUGCAGGCCGUGAAGUUCUUUGUCGACGGCGCGCUCGGCUCGCGCGGCGCGGCGAUGCUGCAAAACUACUCCGACGCGCCGCUCGAGCGCGGCCAGCUGCGCGUGCGCGAGGAGGACUUCAAAAAGGCGGCCAAGGAGUGGGCUGGCGCCGGGUGGCAGCUUGCGGCUCACGCCAUCGGCGACCGCGCCAACCGGCUCGUGCUGGACGCCUACGAAGCCGCGUGCGAGAGCGGCGGCAGCGGGAGCGGCGCGCCGGAUUUGCGCUUGCGGAUCGAGCACUUCCAGGUCGUCAACGCGAGCGACUUGCCGCGCAUCGCCGACGGUUUCCUCGCCGAUUUCGUGGCCUUCGACCGCGACAUCCUCGACGAGCAGAGCGUGCCCGACCGCGACAUUUGGCAGAGUGCCGUCCUCGCGACGUCACCGCCGCUUGAGUCCACGCUCGAGCGGCUACAGCGCCUCAGCGCCGCACACGGCGACGGCUGCCCUUUCUGA